AUGCUGAGCCUCGGCCAACUGGCUCAGAGUGGAAUGGAUGUGUCUCAAACCGAGUGGGAGGUCUUCAUGUGCUACAGAGCUCUGCGUGAGCUAAGCGGCCACUUCUACCACAGGCUACCCACACCGGUUAAGGACGAGCUGCGAGACGCGGGCCUGUGCCAUUACAUGGCGAUAAUCCGAUCCCCAGAAGGCCAGCUGAUCCAGUUCGACUUCGGACCCCGCGGCAAGGAUGUGGAAUGGCGGCCGGCCAGCAACAACAGCAGCAACAGCAACAGCAGCAGCAACAGCAGCAGUAGCAGCCUCCAGAUCGCCGGGAACAGCAACACAGGAGGACUUCGCCGAGAUCAGCUGCUGCAGUGCACGAUGAGCUGCAGCAAGCCAACCCCCCCCACCAUCUCCACUUCCUCCACUACCACCACCACCGCCACCACCACUGCUACUACCACCACCAACUGCAGUCGCAAGGAGGGAUGCAGCAGCAGCAGCAGCAGCAGCACGAUGGACCGGAGCGAGGGUCGCAGCAGCAGUAGCUGCGGCUGCUGUGAUUCCGGCUCGUUUCGCCAGCAGGCGCAGCGGAUGGGGCUGCAGGGUCUGGCGUGCAACGCGCUGCUGCAGCACGGCGGCGGGCACGGCAGCGGCAUGGCGAGCCUCACGCUCCACCAGAUGGACCUCGCGGACUGCGCCAUUCCGCCGCCCAACGGCGAGAUCCGCGAAGAGCUGAUCGGAGCGUUGCCUGAAACCGCGGUGCGCGUGGGCGUGACGCGCAUGUCCAUCGCCGACAUGCGCGCCUUCUACUCCUCGCUCGACUUCAACUACCUCCUCAACCGCAACGACUGCAGGCAUUUCGUCGACGCCUUCGUGCACUACACCACCGGCGUGGACCGCGCCUCCUCGCGCCUGAUCCGCGCCAACAUGAACCUGCGCAUGCGCGCGCGCCCGUGGCAGCCCGUCGACCCCGUUAUAAUCAUUUGCCAGCGCAUCCUGGAGAAGGAGAACACCUACCGCGUUUUCACCGCCUGCCACGCCGCCUUCACCUCCCUCUCCUCCGCCGUUCUCCUCCGCGUGGGGAUCCAAUCCGGCCGCCUGCAUCAGCGCUUGGCGCGCGUCGUGCAGUCUUCCGCCAUGGUCGCUCUCCGCCGCGCGCUCCCCCAAGCUUCCGCCAUAGGCGGCGGCGCAAUCUUCCGCGCGGCCGGCGGGCCCUUGGGGAUGCUUUCCGCCGCUAUGGCCGCCGGCGCUGUGGCGGCGGCGGCGGCGGUGGCGGCUACCGGGAUGCGCGUGCGCGGAAUGGCGACCCGGCAGCUGAGGCAGCUCGUGGGGCUGCCGCACCGCCAACACUGGCAGAAACCAAAGCCUGUGCUUGCGCUGGCGCCUGCGCCAGCGCCGGCGCCGCUUCCCCAGGCGGCGGUUUCGUUGGCGGCAGUCGCGGCGGGGCCAGUGGGCGUGGGGGCGGUUCAGCAGCAGGUGGCUGUGGCGACAGUGGCGCCAGCGUCGGCCGCUGUCGCUGGUGCUGUGGCAAGUGGUGGUGCAACGACAACCGGUCUUGGAGGUGUCGUGAUGAGAAUAGAGGUGCCUGUGGUGGGGCCUUGCAGCGUGCCGACUGGAAUAGCUCUGUCUCCUGUCUCUCCGAGGUCUCCCAACUCCCCUAAGGUGCCCCCGCAACAGCAGCCGGGGCAGCAGCAGCAGGGGCAGCAGGAGGUGCAGGCGUGCUCAGCACAACCACAGCAGCAGGCGCAGCAGCAGACGCAGCAGGGGCAGCAGUCGCAGCAGCAGCAGGUGAAUGCUGCGACCUGGCCGUCGGGGACGCGACGAGCUCGCAAGGCGAAGGCAACAACAGAGCUGAAGGCGGAGAAGAAGACCAGGAAGGCUGCUCCGGCUGGCUCCAAGAAAACCAUCAAGUCAGGGACGAAGGCGUUGCGAUCCGCAGUUUCGUCCAGCAGCAACAGCAGCAGCUGCAACAGUGGUCUCAGCAAGGGAGGCAACGGCAAGGGUGGCAGCAAGGCGUCAGAGGCUAAGGGUGGCCUGCCAGGACUGCUGGCGCACUUUUCCCCGCUCUCCUCGCUCCUAGUGUCCAAGGCAGCUGCUCUGGGCAAUGGCUUGAAGACGUGCCUGGACAGCCGCCCGUUGCUGAACGAUCCCCUGCAGCUGGCGGCUCUGCCAUGA